CGGGGAGAUGACGUCAGCGGGUCAGCAUGGCGGGGAGCGGCCGGAGGCCUGAGCAUCGCGGCCCCCCGGAGCUGUUCUACGAUGAGGCCGAGGCCCGGAAAUACUCCCAGAACUCUCGAAUGAUUGCGAUCCAGUCGCAGAUGUCAGAGCGGGCCGUGGAGCUUUUGGGCUUGCCAGACGAUCGGUCAUGUUUCCUUCUGGAUGUUGGCUGUGGCUCUGGUUUGAGUGGAGAUUUUAUCUCUGAAGAGGGACAUCACUGGGUUGGGAUGGACAUCAGUUCUGCCAUGCUGGAUGUUGCUAUGGAGAGAGAGGUGGAAGGAGACCUCAUCCUCGCAGACAUGGGGCAGGGGAUUCCCUUCAGGCCAGGCAUGUUUGAUGGCUGUGUCAGUAUUUCUGCAGUGCAGUGGCUCUGUAACGCUGAUAAGAAGACGCACAGUCCCCCAAAACGCCUGUAUCGAUUCUUCUCAACCCUUUAUUCUGCCUUGGCCCGAGGGUCCCGAGCCAUCCUGCAGUUGUACCCUGAAAACUCAGAACAGCUGGAGCUCAUCACUGGGCAGGCCAUGAAGGCAGGGUUCACGGGAGGAAUGGUGGUGGAUUAUCCCAACAGCGCCAAAGCCAAGAAGUUCUUCCUCUGUCUCUUUGUUGGGACGGCUGGCGCGUUACCAAAGGCCCUUGGUGCUGAGUGCGCUGAUGGAGAGGAGUCCCAGCACGCCAAGUUCACCAACAAAAGAACACGGUUCAGAAAUGUCAAGGGCAAGUCUGUAAAGAAAAGCCGGGACUGGGUCUUGGAGAAGAAGGAACGCAGACGGCGGCAGGGCAAGGAAGUGAGGGCAGAUACGAGAUACACUGGCCGAAAGCGGCGGCCUCGCUUCUGACUGCCCCGCAUAUUCCAGCUCGAUGGUCGCCAUGCAACAGCCCCUGUGGAACUUCCCUGCAGCUCUUGUGCCUCCCUGGAAGGACCCACCUGGUCUGAAAGCUGCUUGUAUGGAGCGGGUCUGUCUGUGGCCCUUGCAGUGGAAGGCUGGGCCAUCUCUGCUGCUGUCCAUUUGAUGCUUCUGGUCAUAUUUCAUGGGAUGAUGCCAGUUGGGAACAGACUCUGCAUCUAUUUUUAUGUGCUGGGUGCUGACACUUGCAGACCCCCUUUCUUUGGCCAUCUGUUAUGAGAGCCAACUGGAGGGGAGUCAGAAACACUGGUGGGCAGCCUGCCCCAGUACUGGGUGCAAAGUGCCCUGGGUGAUGGGACCUUUCCUGCUGAGCUUCCAGCCUACUCAGUAAAUAGGCCCUUGGUUAUGAGUA